AUGCCCAGCUAUUGUAAUGUGAAGAAUUAUGAACACUGGUACAAAGUGGGCACCUACUGCGUCAUGUAUUUCAACGAAUUGUUCAACUUUACCGACGCUGAGUUCUGCUGCAGGAACGUGGUACCUGGUGGUCACCUGGCGUCCGUGCACAGCAGUCAGGCCAAUGACGAUCUAAACUGUAUCGUGCUCAAGUACAACAGAAAGUCUCCUCGCAUCUGGUUGGGCGGCUUUGAGUUUUUUAAUUCUGGUAAGUGGGUCUGGAUUGAUGACUCUAACUGGGACUUUCAGGCCUGGGUUCCAGGAGAGCCCAACAAUCAAAAUGCCAAAGAGGACUGUCUGGAAAUGAACGGGAAAGAGAUUGGGAAGUGGAAUGAUGAUUGGUGUCCUAAAAAGAAGAACUUUCUUUGUUCUUUUACCUACUAA